AUGGAAGAAGACUUCAGUUACUACGUCUACAUCACACUCACGCUGGUUCCCGUUUAUUUAGCAUUCAAGCUUGUGCAAUGGAUGGGCUGGGAGCUAUUCGUGAACAACUAAAUCCGUGACGGUGCCGAGAAAACAUUCCAAAAAGUACAAAUCGCACAAAUAAAAAACAGGGAUGGCUGAUAGAAUCGCCAAAUGUUAGUAUCCACUGAGUGCAGUUGACGAAGGAAAGUGGGACCGCAGUAAUUGGCAACGGUCCCGGUCGAUGGCGAUGGUGCGUCGCUUGAGCAUUAUCUCGCGCUCCAGCUCGUUCCGGCGGUUUACCAACUCUUGCUUAACGUCUUCUUCCUGUUUAAGCAGGGCAUUCAUGGCCGAGGUGCCCUCUUCGAGGGACUUCACCUCCGCGAUCAGUAGGGCCUGCGGCUGAUCACGACAGUUCUCGACCCGCGGACGCUGGUUCCUGUUAUCCAGCCGAGUAUGCACGACCAUCAUGCCAUAAUCCAUGUUGCGAAUGGCCACUUGCAGUUUACCGAUCUGUAUCUCAGUGUCCGCCAAACGUUGCAAGGUC